CUUUUUCUAUGACCAGUCAAAGUCUUGGACAGCUUCGAAAAGAAACAAGCAGAUUUUUCUUUUUCGUUUUUUUUUUCCUCAAAAUGCCCAAAAUUAAUUCCAAAGAGAAAAAAAUAGUGCUUAUCCUAAAUGGCUAACCCCGUCGGUGGCUUCUGCCAAAAACUCCACCCACCUUACUUAAAAGUGUCAAAACAAAUUAUGUAAUUCAUCAGUUACUUCCAUUCCCAAGUUCACAUUUCCUCCAAUUGGAGCCGAAAAAAAAAAGGUAGCAAGGUACAAUCCAAAUAUGGACAAAAAUUCAUUCGCAAUGGCUUCCUUCUACAGGAUAAUGUGCAAUCACGAUUUCAAAUCUCAGCUUAAACUGCCGCGGCAAUUUGUGAUGGAUCACGAAGAAGACUUGUCAGAAAAAGUCGAGCUCUUUGCUGAAUCCGGAGUCUGGACCGUUAAAAUCGAAAAAAUCGGGCCCGAUCGUUUCUUCACGGAUGGAUGGUCCAGAUUCGCCGAAGAUUAUAAUCUGAAGUCCAUGGAAUUUCUGGUCUUCCGUUUGACCGGAAGAUCCAAGUUUGAGGUUUUGGUGUAUAAUUUAAGUGGCUGUCACAAGGAGUUGCAUUUUCUAGGUAAUGAAUUGAAUAUUGUAGAUGACGACGAUGAUUACGAAACUGAUGAUCAAUCGGGUUUUUGUGGUGAGGGGCAAAAUUGGAAGUUUGUCAAGAAAUUGACUCAAGAACACACAUCUGAAUUGGAAAUUCCAAGAGAUUUUGCGGAAGGAUGUGGAAUCGUGACAAACAGGAAACUAAAGCUGCGGAUGGGGAAGACAGGGAGAAAAUGGUCAAUUUACUUGACGGCUAAUAAACACGGCAAAUUGAUGGUUCGUUGGGGUUGGAAUGAAUUCUUGACGGGCAAUAACAUUUUCACUAAAAGCACGAUUUCGUUUACAUAUGUUGGCGGUCCAAGCAAUGUGAUAGAAGCGGAAGUGGUGAAAAACGAAGGUAGUAAUGGUAAGGGCCAAUUGUUUUGUGUCGCUAAGACUAAGAGAUUUAGGGGAAGGCCUCCCAAAUUACAAGCCUAAUUUCAAGAUAGCGUUUUUCCAUAUUAGAGUGGUUUGGAAAGAAUCUUGUUUUUACUUUUUUUCUGCAUUAACGUAAUUUGGUAAGAAUCGUGUUUUUACUGCAUUAGGGUAGUUUGGUAAGAAUUGUGCUUUUGGAAAUUGGAGUUGUCUAUGUUGUUCUCAUAUUGACAUGCAUUCAAUAACGAUGCUCAUUAUUCCGUAACUGCAUAUGUUGAAUACUUGAAUCUCUUAGAGUAUGUGUUCCAUAACAAUACAUAUAAUAUUUACAUAGCACAAAAAGUUAACGUUUAGUUUUGGAAAAUUUUAUAUUUGUGAGGAAUGUAUGAGACAAAUAAAUAGUAUGUCACCUAAUAGCUAAAUUAUAUAUUUAUGAGGGAUGCAUGAGAAAUAUUACAUUUGUGAGGGAUGUAUGAGUAAAUAAAUAGGGAUGCCUUGGUGACUCCGCCUAGUAAUAAUGCAGAUCAGUGAUGAUUGGUCGGUAUAAAUAUACAUAAAAAUGAAACAAAAUAUCGG